GGGGAACGGGAGCUGCCCGGGCGGGCUGGGCAGAGGGCGGAGGCGGGUCUUAGGUCGGGGGCGGCCCCGGGGUCCCGGGUCCGGGGGCGGGUGCUGGGGAACGGGCGGGGCGCAGCCCCGGAAGAGGACGGAGCCCGGGGUCCCCGUCGUCUGCCGGCCAUGGACGAGGCCGACCGGCAGCUCCUGCGGCGCAGCCGGCUGCGGCUGGUGAGCGAGCUGCAGGUGGCCGAGCUGUGGGACGCUCUGGUCAGCCGGGAGCUCUUCACGCCCGACAUGGUGGAGGACAUCCAGCAUGCAGGCUCCGGGACGCGCCGGGACCAGGCCCGGCAGCUGGUCAUAGACCUGGAGAGCCGAGGGAGGCAGGCCCUUCCUGUGUUCAUCUCCUGCCUGGAGGACACAGGGCAGGACGCACUGGCUUCGUUCCUGAGAACUGGCAGGCGGGAGCGGGCUCCCGAGGCCAUCAGAGUCCUACCCUCGGUGCCCUUGGAGCUCGGGCCCCUGGUCCUCAAACCAGAGCAGCCGACGAUGGCCAAGCGGGAUCUCUCGGGGGCGGUGGUGGCCCCCCCGGAAAACCUCUCCCCGGUGGUGCUGGGGCCCAAGGAGCUGUGUUCAGCUAAACUCAGGCUGGAGGUUCUCAGACCAGUGGACUCUGCUUCUGGAGGAUUCGGUGUUCAGGGGCGAGCGAGAGGAGACACAGAUUUGGCGUACGUCCUGAACGCAGACCCCUGUGGCCACUGCCUCAUUAUCAACAAUGUGAACUUCAGCAGCGACUCGGGGCUCAGCACCCGCACCGGCUCCAAUAUCGACUGCGAGAAGUUGCAGCGCCGCUUCUGCUCGCUGCAUUUUGCAGUGGAGGUGAAGUCUGACCUGACCGCCAAGGAGAUGGUCCUGGCUUUGGAGGAGCUGGCGCAGCGGGACCACAGCACCCUGGACUGCUGUGUGGUAGUCAUCCUGUCACACGGCUGCCAGGCCAGCCAUCUGCAGUUCCCAGGGGCCGUCUACGGUACAGACGGAUGGCCCGUGUUCAUCGAGAAAGUGGUGAACAUCUUCAACGGGACUGGCUGCCCCAGCCUGGGUGGGAAGCCCAAGCUGUUCUUCAUCCAGGCCUGUGGCGGGGCAGAGCAGAAGGACCGUGGGGUUGAGGUGGCCUCCACUUACCCUGAAGAUAGCGCCGCUAGACACAGCCCAGAGCCAGAUGCCACCCCGUUCCAAGGAGGCCCGAGGACUGCUGGUGACCAGCCAGACGCUGUGUCUAGUUUGCCCACGCCCAGUGACAUCCUGGUGUCCUACUCCACCUUCCCAGGUUUCGUCUCCUGGAGGGACACCCAGAGUGGCUCCUGGUAUGUGGAGACCCUGGACUGCAUCCUGGGGCAGUGGGCGCACACCGAGGACCUGCAGUCGCUCCUGCUCCGGGUCGCAAAUGCGGUUUCUGAGCGAGGGAUUUACAAACAGAUCCCUGGAUGUUUUAAUUUCCUCCGGAAGAAACUUUUCUUUAAAACUUAGUGGGGCCAGGAUCCCCUCACUUGGCUCACCCCGAAAUCUUCAUGCUCCAGGACUGGAACUUUCCAUUGUUCUGGGCUUUUGGAACCUGUGCAA